UUUUUUUUCAACAUCUAUAAAUAGUCUGCCAAACUCCCCCAUAUCAUGCACUCCACCCAAAAACUCCAAGAAACCUUACAAUUAAUUCAUCUUCAAGCUAGUGAAUCAUGGCAUUUCCUUGGUCAAUUUCAUUUCUAGUACUCUUCAUGCUACUUUUUGUUUGUCCAACCAUUUCAUCAAAACCAUUUCCUAGUAAAAAUUUCUUCAACCCAUCGGCCGUGAAAUCAUGGUGUUCCCAAACUCCAAACCCGCAACCCUGCGAGUAUUUCCUAACCCACAACCCGAAAUACUUGGGCCAAACCAUCAAAGGCAAGACCGAUUUCCUCCAGAUGUCACUCAACUUAGCCCUCGACCGGGCGCGCGUGGCGCACACGAACACGUACUCCCUCGGCACCAAGUGCCGGAACAAGCAGGAAAAGGCUGCAUGGGUGGAUUGUCUGGAGCUGUACGAAUACGCCAUUGAGAAACUCAACGAGACGGCGGAUCCUAACGUCAAGUGCACCGCGGCCGACAAGCAGACGUAUCUGAGCACGGCGUUAACUUACAUGGAGACGUGCAGACAAGGGUUCGAGGAACUCGGGGUGGUGGAUUAUGUGAUGCCUAUGAUGAACAACAACGUUAGUAGCUUGAUUAGUAACACUUUGGCUAUUAACAAGGUGGCUUACACCGAGCCGGAAUACAAGGACGGUUUCCCUACUUGGUUGAAACCCGGUGACCGGAAACUACUUCAGGCUCCGGCUCCCCGGGCCAAUAUCGUGGUGGCUCAAGAUGGUUCUGGAAACUUCCGAACCAUUGCUCAAGCUGUGGCAGCUGCUUCCAAGAGGACCGGGACCGGGAGAUUCGUGAUUUACAUUAAGGCGGGAACGUAUAAGGAGAAUGUUGAAUUUGGAAAAGGUUUGAAAAAUAUUAUGAUUGUUGGAGAUGGUAAGGGAAGAACUAUCAUUACCGGAAGCAGAAGUGUUGGCGGCGGUAGCACAACUUUCCGAUCAGCCACAGUUGCUGCGGUUGGUACCGGAUUCAUUGCACGUGGGAUCACAUUCAGAAACACAGCCGGUCCACAAAACCACCAAGCCGUAGCUUUCCGGUCCGGUUCAGAUUUCUCGGUAUUUUACCAGUGCAGUUUCGAAGGUUACCAAGACACACUUUACGUCCACUCGAUGAGACAGUUUUACCGCGAGUGCGACAUUUACGGCACGGUAGAUUUCAUCUUCGGAAACGCAGCAGUCGUUUUCCAAAACUGUAACAUUUUUGCAAGAAACCCACCAAACCGGACCAACACACUUACCGCCCAAGGUCGAACCGACCAGAACCAGAACACCGGAAUUUCGAUCCACAACUGUAGAGUAACCGCAGCUCCCGACUUGCGCCCGAAUCAGGGUUCAGUGAGAACAUACCUUGGGAGGCCAUGGAAGCAAUAUUCUCGUACGGUUUUCAUGAAGACUUUUCUUGACGGGUUGAUUGACCCGGCCGGUUGGAUGCCUUGGAGCGGAAACUUCGCUCUAAACACAUUGUAUUACGGUGAAUAUGCAAACACUGGACCCGGUUCAUCAACUGCUAGAAGAGUCAACUGGAAGGGAUACCAUGUUAUCACAAAUCCAGCUGAGGCUUCAAGGUUCACCGUCGGGAACUUCAUUGCCGGAAAUUCUUGGUUGCCAGGCACCGGCGUUCCAUUCUUUGCCGGUCUCUAAUAAAAUUCACUUGAAUUGAUUAAUUCAUUUCUUCGGAACAAAAGUCGUUCUUGAAAUAAUCUCCUUCAUUUAAUUCCCCGGGGAACCAAAAAUUAAUUAAGGUACCAUGGAAUUAUUAUGUUGGAUUGAUUUUAGUUCAACCAAUUGUACUUUCAUUUUUAUUGUUUCGUUUUUUUGUUUUUGCACGUACAUGAUGUACAUUUGUAACGUUAUCAUUACCUCAAAGAGUUCAUGUUAUUAGUUUCAUAAAUUGAAUUGUUUAUUCCCCCUUCAAUUGCUUGUAGAUUGGGCAUCUGUCAUUCUUCAUGGAUUAAUUUUUUUUCCUUUUGAUUUAGUAUAGUUUAUAUUAUCG